AAAAAGUGCACUCUGCCAGGCUUUGUGGUAGCAGCUGCACUCCCGACAGAAAUUCUAAUAAGUGAGAUAUAACAGCAGGGCUCUGCAUGGUGACGAGAAAGAAGAAAAGUUAAGAAGAAUUUGCCUUCCUGUGGCCCCUUUGAGCUUGAGAACCUCUCUCUGAUUACAGCUUGUCCAUGUGACCUGGUUUCCGUUGCAUGCUUCCGCGAAUAGUAAAAGCGAGGUGUCAAUGCUUCUGUCAGAGGACGGCACAUGAAGAACACGCACGACGGCCGAGAGAGAAGCAGCGAUAUGGUCACGGGUGCAGGCAGCGGUGGCUCGGGGGAUCCACGCCUUACCACCUCUUGAGGAUGUUAAAAUGUCAGUUCACGGCACGUCGUCCAUCAUCUGUUGCUUACUGCUACCCAUGUGGAUCCUCCUCGCACCAGCCUCAAGUCAUCCACAACACAGUCAGUGUAAGAUGACGCAACGAACGGCUCUCUGCAACAAUUCCAACCUCACGUCGGUACCGGCGGGACUACCAAGCAGCACCGAAGAACUUCAACUCAAUCACAAUCUUCUCAAGACACUACAGGACGACGCUCUUCAGUAUCCCUCGCUCACUACCCUCAGUUUAGCCUGCAACCAGAUGGAAGGAUUGCAUCCAAACACUUUUCAAUCUACCAAAUUGUUAAAAAAUCUUAAUUUGGCAAUGAAUAAUCUGUAUGUUAGCUACACGCAAACCAGCGAUGCUUUAAAGACGCUGCCCGGGAUCAAAUUUUUAGAUCUAUCCGAGAAUCGGUUAGAUGAAGAAAUGGCUGCCGUCCUUCUUCAAAAUCUGACAUCGCUGGAGUACUUAAAUCUUUCGGGGAAUCUCUUACGGCGUCUGGACGAGACGUCGUUCAGAGAUCUUCGCCAGGUGAGAGAGCUGGACCUGCAGAGGAACCUCCUGUUUGAGAUCGACAACGCCUUUGACGGCAAUCCCAGAUUGCAGCGGCUCAACUUGGCCUUCAAUUAUCUACCUUGCUUGACGGACUUCCACAUGAGCCAGCUGGUGGUUCUAAACGCCAGCCACAACUUCAUCGAAUGGUUCAUCACCAGGCCGGACGCGAACGUCACUUUUCAAAUCGAGACGCUCGAUCUAUCCGAUAACCAGCUGCUCUUCUUUCCGUUCUUACCCGAGAUGAGCCGCCUACGCAAUCUCCACCUGUCCCACAACGUUGUGAGUUUUUAUGAGCACCUAACGGACAACGUCACAUUCCCAAACUUGACCUCCACUGUCGAUUUCCACAACCUGGGGAGGAACACCAGCACCGUCACGGCUAAGCUAUGGGACGACAGCCUUCACGGCGACGUCUCCUCGGUGGAGCUUCUAGAUCUACGAGGAAACAAGUUGCAGUACUUCCCACGGGGAUUCAUCCGUAAAAUGCCAUCCCUGUCCAGACUGCGGAUACGAAGCAACUGUCUGGAAAGCUUGAAUCUAACAUCCGAGCGAUUCUCGGCUAGCUUGUUGGAGUUGGACGUUAGCGACAACGGACUGAUAGAGAUUGCAGCGGAUGAUGUUACGCUGAGGACGCUUAGCAACUUGACGUACCUUAACCUCAGCCGGAACGAUCUGGACUGCUCAUCCUCGAGACGAUUGUUCAGUUUACCGGGUCUUCGGUCAAUGGACCUCAGUUACAGCAACAUAGGGAAAUGUCUCCGUGAGGCAGGUGUAGCCUGGAACACCACUGAGUCCUUGAGGCAGCUUUUUCUCAAGGGAAGCCAUCUUGAGAGAAUUCCACCAUCUGCAUUCUCUGGACUCGCUCUCACGCAUUUAGAACUUUCCGACAACCCUGGACUAAGAGGCCAGCAGUCGAUCAAAAGUCUGAGCAGAACGUUACAGCACUUAGGUUUGGGAAACACACACGUUGGGGAAUUGGACUUUGCAGAUUUUCUAAAUCUGAAGUCUCUGAAUAUUUCAUGCAACUCCCUCGAGGAUCUUCCGGCUUCAGUGUCAAGUCUUGACUUAAGACAGCUCGAUUUGAGGGACAACAAGUUGUCGACGAUUCCCUCGGAUCAGGCCGACGCGUUAGCUUCGAAACUUCACACCGUUUUCCUGACGGGGAAUCCAUUCAACUGCUGCCGAAGCGAAUGGUUCAGGACUUUCACGACAACAAAGACCGUCCACGUGGUCGGCCAGUCGGACAUCGAAUGCGCGGAUCUCUUCCAAACACGCAGCAUUCGGCAUUACCGCUCAUUUUUGUGCCGUGACGAAAGCGGAGAAUCUUUUUUUUGGUACAUCCUGCUUUUUGGCACCAUUUGCAUUUCUUUCGUGGGCAUUGUUGUUAUUGUAGUUCUCACACUCAAGCCCAAAGUGAUCCACAAAUCAAUCAAAAAAAAAUAUUUAAAGCCUACGUCCUACUGAUGUACGUUUACCUUUCAGUCCAGCAUUAACGUUUGAUGGACAACCUGGUGGAUUAUUGACAGGCUAACAAUGAUCAUUUUAUCCUGUGGUGCUUUGAUUAGGGUUGGCAAUAAAAGUUUUAACCAUUAUAAAAAAGAUUUUAUUUCCCACUGCAUGCACCGUUAGCAUGUGGUGCAAAACCACAAAAUGUAAAACUGCGGCCGUGGCGCCUAGCUUUGUGUGAACGUGCGCUUCACACACACACACACACACACACACACACACACACACACACACACACACACACACACACACACACACACACACACACACACACACACACACACACACACACACACACACAAGUGGUGUUGUGCAAGCUGUUGUUAUAAGCAGCAAAGGAAACAAGAAAUUUCCUGUUUUGCGCAAGUGUACAGCACACUGCCCAGUUCCGUAUCUCAAAGAGGAGGGUUUCCUUCCUAUCCGAUGGAGGGCCAAUGAGGGGCACUUUUGAAUGCUGAUCCUCGUGCUCGCUAACCUACUAACUCUCAGAAAUGAUGCAUCAACAAGCUUUAAAAAAUAAUAAUUUCUCAACAGUUUGUAUGAAUUAUUGAGGAGCGGGCAAGUUGUUGAUAUCUGCCGUUACAGCAGAAUGCAUGAGGCCUAACCAGAAGGUAACCAGAAUACCGCUGUGGUGAUGCUCAAAGGUCACGGCGGUUGAAGAAGUAUAAAUCGAAACUACCAUAAUUAUUUUUUUCUAAAUGGGGCAAGUAGACAAUUAUUUAAUUUUUUUUUUUUUUGCUCAUUAAAUAUAAUAUAAUUAUUCAGCAAACUGAAUGAUGUUUUCUCAACAAGAGCAGAAAUACAAACCACAAGUAUUUAUCACGUUCAAAAACACUUAUUUGUAGAAAGAGGAAGCGCUUAAUGUGAAGUUGCUGAGUCUACAUUAGUAGAUUGUGGGAGAUUUUUUUUUGCGCCACGGACAUGUAAGAUCAUCAUUUCAAGGACUGGCCUUUAUACAAAUAUAUCAACUUAUUAUAUAUAUCAAUAUGAUGAAAUAAAAUGAUACUACUGGCAUUAAAACAAAUACAAACCACAUUAAAAUAAAACUCACCAUUAAGUAUCUGCUGUUUUGGUCGCUGUCACCGCAGAAAAUCUUGCUUCACAUACAAUGUGAGAAAGAGAAGCAGGGUUUGUGCUUUUGUGGCGAUUUCGGGAUAUUCUGCCUUGAUUUAAAUCCAGUUUUCUUUGUCUUGGAAGUUGUAGCCUCUUCUUCUGUCUCCUCAUUGGGCCUUCAACUUUUUAUAAAGAACUUUCCAAACAUC